AAGCGCUCGUCGCCAGUGAAGGGUGGGUGAAUUCCAUCCCAGGGAUGCCCUGUAUGCCACCUCUCGUAAAGUGGAGCCAGACUGACGCUGUCUGCCAAGGGUCCUUGCCGUCGCGUGCAAAACCGACCGCCAGCGAGGAGGCCACCCCCUAUGCCAACAUCUACUCCCAUACUGGCUUUGACAUCAUGGGGGUCCUCGUAGGUGGUUCUCUUCCCUCCUCCACUCCAAACGCGCGCUAACCCGCUGACCAGGCCGAAGUUGUUUCACGGCCGGAUCCCAAGGUCGACAUUGGGGCGGUCGACUUGUCGUGCGCCUUCGUGCUCUGCGAUAUUCUGGCAGAGGAUCACCCCAUCGUGUACGUCUCGGAAGCCUUUGAGCGUCUGACCGGCUAUACGGAAGCGGAGAUCGUGGGCCAGAACUGCCGGUUCCUGCAGAGCCCCGGCGGCGUCGUCCGGCGAGGCAUGGAGCGCAAAUUCGUCGACCCGCACACGGCCUUCCAGCUGCGCACGACCAUCGACGAGCGGACCGAGAUCCAGGUAUCGAUCAUCAACUACCGGAAAGGGGGCCAGCCCUUCAUGAACCUGGUCACCAUGAUCCCGAUCUGCUUGCACUCCGACGACUACCGGUUCUACGUCGGCUUCCAGGUUGAUCUGGUCGAGAAGCCCGAUGCGGUCACCCGACGGAAUCCCAAUGGCUCGUACAUGAUCAAUUACCAGCGUAACCAGUUGCCUCCCUACGUGGUUCCGCCGGCGGUGCUGUAUCAGGCGCACCCGGACUUGAUGACGCAGUUUGGCCCCGAGCAGGUGUCGACGAUCUUGCGUAGCCUGGACACCCACGGCCCGGACUACCGCGGCUACCUGGACCGGAUCCUCGUCGAAAACGCGGACGACGUGAUUCACGUCAUGUCCUUCGAGAGCGAGCUCCUCUAUCUCUCCCCCUCGUGCCGCCGGUGUCUGGCCUACGAACCGGUCGAGCUAGUCGGCAAGACCCUGUCGAUGCUGUGUCACCCCAGUGACAUCGGCCCGGUCAGUCGCGAGCUAUGGGCCCAGACCACGACAGACCCCAUCUGCGUCGCCUACCGGAUCCGGAAGAAGGACAGCGGGUACGUGUGGUUCGAGAGCCGCGGAGCCUGGCAUAUCGGGCAGGGCCGACGGCAGUUCAUGGUACUGGUGGGCCGCGUCCGACCGGUCUACCACCUGGAGCAGGUCGUGAAGCUCGGUGGGGGUGCCCUGGCAGAGACGGACAUCUGGAUCAAACUCUCCGCGUCGGGCAUCAUCCUCUUCGCCUCAUCCAAGGUCCGGCCCGUGCUAGGUCGCGUGCCAGACGACCUGGUGGGAAAGAGUCUCUUGGAUCUAGUCGACGCGCCGCAGGAGACGCGGCAGGCGCUGGACACGUGCUACCGUGGGCAGGAGGCGCGCCUGGGACACCGUAUUCGUCACCAGAAAGGGCACCUUCUGGCAGCACGGACCACGCUCUUCCCGGGGGAUGUCCCUGCUGGUGGGCGACCGUCGUUCCUGGUCGCCCAGAUCCACUUCCCGACGACGGCGGCGGGAGAUCCGAGCACCUCCACCACGACCCAGGGCGAUGCACCCCUGGAAGUUUCUCGACACGAUCCACAGCAAUAUCCGUCAGACAACCAGUCCAUGUUCACGACCUGGGGGCAACCACCCCAACCACUCUUCCGCGAACUCCACCCAACCCGCGGCUCCCACUGGCAGUUCGAGCUCCGCGCCCUAGCCCAGCAUAACCAGACCCUAUCAGAGGAAGUCCACCGACUGCUCGCACGGCGAAAGAAGCGCAAGCGUCGACAGAGCACCGUCCCGGUGGAGAAGAGCUGCGUCACUUGCCGCACGCGCCGCACGCCCGAGUGGCGGCGCGGACCGAGCGGGAAUCGCGAUCUAUGUAAUAGUUGUGGAUUGCGGUGGGCGAAGCAGGUGCGGAUUGGGCAGGCUUCGGAGAGGGUUUCGUAAUUCUGCGUGUAAUUGACUUGCACUUGAUGGAUUAGGUUUAUGGUAAUUAGUGGAUGAGGAUGACGAUGUUGGCAUAAUAGUAGUAUUUAGUGUUUCUUUUUCAAUUCUAUGUAGAUAGAACUAAUCUGCCAUGUCGAAACGCUCUGUCCAACGGCACCGCGAAGACAGAAUGACGACAUUCCUCUGGUCUUUC